AUUGGGAGGCGGAGUUUGGCAGCAGCCAAUCCGGGCGCUGAUCCGAGAAAUCUCGGAGCCGCGCCCGGCGGAUCCCGGAGACCGCGCGGCGGGGACGCGCGGGGAUCGCGAUCCGGAACCGUCCGCCGAGCGAGAGCAGCGCCCCCGGCCCGGGGCUCGCGGCGUGGAGAUCGGCGGUGGGAUACUGCAUUAUCACAAACGGAAAGUUUGAGGCAAAGAAGCCCCCGUGAGCCGAGGACGCCAUGGCCACGUCGGCCCCACUGCGCAGCCUGGAGGAGGAGGUGACCUGCUCCAUCUGCCUGGACUACCUGCGGGACCCCGUUACCAUCGACUGUGGCCACGUGUUCUGCCGCGUCUGCACCAGCGACGUGCGCCCGGCCCCGGGCGGCCGGCCCGUCUGCCCACUCUGCAAGAAGCCCUUCAGGAAGGAGAGUAUCCGGCCCGUGUGGCAGCUGGCCAGCCUGGUGGAGAACAUCGAGCGGCUGCAGGUGGACAAGGACAGGCAGCCCGGAGAGGGGGCCCGGGAGCAGGCGGACAGCAGGCUGUGCGAGCGGCACCGCGAGAAGCUGCACUAUUACUGCCAGGACGACGGCAAGCUUCUGUGCGUCAUGUGCCGCGAGUCUCGGGAGCACCGGCCCCACUCGGCCGUCCUCGUGGAGAAGGCUGCCCAGCCCCACAGGGAGAAGAUCCUGAACCACCUGAGCACCCUCAGGAGAGACAGAGACAAGAUUCAGGGCUUUCAGGCAAAGGGAGAAGCCGACAUCCUCACCGCCCUGAAGAAGCUACAGGACCAGAGGCAAGACAUAGUGGCUGAGUUUGAGCAGAGCCACCAGUUCCUGAGGGAGCGGGAGCGGCACUUGCUGGACCAACUGGCGAAACUGGAGCAGGAGCUCACGGAGGGUAGAGAGAAGUACAAGACCAAGGGUGUCUCGGAGCUGGCCCGGCUAGCGCUGCUCAUCUCUGAGCUGGAGGGCAAGGCCCAGCAGCCAGCAGCAGAGCUCAUGCAGGACAGCAGGGACUUCUUGAACAGGUAUCCGCGGAAGAAGUUCUGGAUUGGGAAACCCAUUGCUCGAGUGGUAAAAAAAAAGACAGGAGAAUUCUCAGAAAAAGUGCUGUCUCUGCAGCGAGGACUAAGAGAGUUCCAAGGGAAGCUGCUUAGAGACUUGGAAUACAAGACGGUGAGUGUCACCUUGGACCCGCAGUCGGCCAGCGGGUACCUGCAGCUGUCAGAGGACUGGAAGUGUGUGACGUACAGCGGCCUGUACCAGAGCACUUACCUGCACCCGCAUCAGUUUGACUGUGAGCCGGGUGUGCUGGGAAGUAAGGGCUUCACCUGGGGCAAGGUGUACUGGGAGGUGGAGGUGGACAGGGAGGGCUGGUCCGAGGAGGAGGAGGAGGGGGAGGAGGAGGAGGAGGGGGAGGAGGAGGAGGAGGAGGAGGAGGCCGGCUACGGGGACGGGUACGAAGACUGGGAGACAGAUGAGGACGAAGAGUCUUUGGGGGAGGAGGAGGAGGAGGAGGAGGAGGAGGGGGAGGAGGUCCUGGAAAGCUGCAUGGUGGGGGUGGCCAGAGACUCUGUGAAGAGGAAGGGAGACGUGUCCCUGCGGCCAGAGGACGGGGUAUGGGCCCUGCGCCUCUCGUCUGCGGGCAUCUGGGCCAAUACUGACCCCGAGGCUGAGCUCUUCCCUGCGCUGCGGCCGCGGAGGGUGGGCAUCGCCCUGGACUACGAGGGGGGCACCGUGACCUUCACCAACGCCGAGUCACAAGAGCUCAUCUACACGUUCACGGCCACCUUCACCCGGCGCCUGGUGCCCUUCCUGUGGCUCAAGUGGCCUGGGACACGCCUCCUGCUGAGACCCUGAGCCCCAUGCCACCCCCAGCCCAUGACCCCGGAUGCCCCCCUCCCCUGGGAGCCCUGGACUGUGCUGGGAACGGGGUGUCUGGCCAUCGCACCUGGAGCAGGUGGGCCCCCGUCCCCAUGGCCGGGGCCCGUGGAGGCUCACUCAGUGCUGCUGCUGUGCCAUACAGCUGUAGUCAGGCUCUUCCCCCAGCCCCCGGGGCUCCCCAUGCACACUUCCAACCCGAGGGCCACGGGACCCCUCUUCUGCCCACUGCCUUUGACCCAGCUCUGCACUCUCCAUGCUGAGUUAGAGGAGAAGCAGUGUUUUGCUGCCCCGUCCAGCAUCCCACGCUGACUCUUCCUAGGAAAAAGCAGGUGACUGUGAGGCCCAAUCCACAUGCUUCCCGCUUGCCCAGACCCUCUCUGCUGCCUGCGUUCCCCAGCACUUGAGACAGCCGCACUGCCCCCCAGCUCAAGAGUCUCAAGCACCCACACGCACGCUAGUGGACAGGGCAAAAGCCCACCACGGUUUCCGGGCUGCGUAAUAAGCCUCCUGGAGUGCCGCGGAGUCAGGGGUCAGCAUGGGCUCCAUGCUUCUCCAGGAGAGAGCUGAGCGUCUGAUGUGUGUGCAUUGAAGAAGGCGGGACCCCCUGGAGGACCUGUGGACUUGGGGGAAGGAUCUGUGUACGUGUGGCUUUGGUUCACCACUUGUGACCAGUGAUCAAUAUAACCCGUGGGUGUGGCCACAGGAGGCAGAUUGUCCAGGGCGUCCAGAAUAUCCUGCUCUUGACCAGUCCUCUGAAAGCACCAGGGCAAAUACCGCUGAAGCCACACCUGGAAUCCGGUCCCCUCCCUGGCAGCCUGGACAAGUCUGCUGCAGGCUACGAAGCAGGAAGUCUGUGUCGCGCCUGACUCCACACACACAGUCUGUUCUCCUGGGAGAAGGGCGGUGGUGGGCACAGGAGAGGUCACUGGGUCCUCGGGUCAGGAGAAGGUUAGAGCCUGGCCUCGUACGCCCAGGCCCAGCCACUGGCCUCCACACUGUCUGGGACUUGCCCCGUGCAUGUGUCCCGUGCUGCCGGGUCACACAUCCACCUGAUCCUGCCUCUAGGUUUGUAAGGUCCUGGAGGGUGGAGACCGUGUCUUCUCCUCUGCACUCCCUGCGGCACCGCCUGCAGUGUGGGCACAUAGUAGGUGCUUAAUAAAAACUCGAUGAAUGAGCAGCCUGGGUUUACACAUAUUUUAUUAUAACUCAGAUACCCCCAGACCUUCUUAGUCUGGCUACAGAGAGGUUCCACGGAAAGUGGCCCCAGGCUUUGCUCCCCCACCCCUUCUGGGACGUGUACCUGCAGCUCUGCUCACACACUCUUUGCACAUAACGCUGUCCUCUGUACACACACUCUUUGUUCACAGGCUGUUGGCACACACGCUGUUGUCUGCACACACAUUCUUUGCACAUACGCUGUUUGCUCACACGCUGUCUGCACACACUUUGCUCUCAUGCUGUUUGCGCACACACUGCUUGCUCACGCUGUUGCACACGUGCUGUCAUUUCUGCUCCCCCAGACAAAAGCCCCCUUACCUCCCUUCCCACGGGGCCAGCCCUUGGUUGAGCCCCAGCAUCCGCAGAGUGCAUGAUGGGGCCGUGAGAAGGUGACAUUGGUGGCACUCCCAGAAUCUUUCCUCAGAAAAUAAGCAGUGCCCAAAGGAAAAACAGCAGAGACUCUGUCCUGCUGUGUGACACAUUCAACUCUCUGGUUCUGGCCUCUUUCUGAUUUUUUUAAACUGCCAUAUUAAAGGUGGAAACGGAAGAGUGGGGUAAAGCCCCUUCAAGAUCUCGUUUAUGACUCAUUUAGGUUCUCCCUUUUUAUUUAAUUUUUCUUUUUACUUUUCUUUCCAAAUACAGAUAUGCAAAAUGUGUCAAUUAUAGACAUACAAUGUGUGUUAUCAGUUAUAAUAAGGUCAGUUAAUCUGCAUUUGAGUCCUGAGAGACAAUAAUCACCAGCAUAUGCUUGAAAUUCUUGAAAAUUUAUUUUGUUGGUUGAUGUGAAUUGUUCCCUGAAAUUAUACUCUACUAAUCUUUUAUUUAUGGAAAAUUUUCAUAAUUCUCAAAAUGCCUUUUCUCCUUUCUUGGAAAGAAUUUUUAUAUAAUGAGGUUUCUGAAAUGUUUUAAGGUGAUCAUUGUAUAAUUAAAAGCUCAUAGCUAUUAAAUAGGGAACAUUUCCAUUUGAACAAAAUAUGAAUGCCUUCAGGUCAUUGUUGCUUUACCGAGUCUCACAAGGGUCAUGCUCCCAGGAUAAUCUGUAGACGAGCAAGUGUCAGCAUAAAACGGCCUUGCAAAGUCAUAAACAAAACUGCAUACUGGGUGACACCAUCUUAGAACAGAAAGUUAGCAGCAGGGUACUUACUCAGCAAGUUCUCUGGAACCUUUCUAUUUUGUAAGUAGUUUUUAUACGUGAGCUGCAGCUACACAUAUGGUCCAGUCUACCUUCCGUGUUCCCACAAAGGAGAAAGAACACUGCCUGCCCUCCCACCCCCCACGGCGGGAGGGGGUCGAGCUCUGGGCUCCCAUCCCCACCCACCCUGAGCUCAGGCAGCUGAGUCCGGUGUCUGUGGAAGCAGUUCACACCUGGACCACUGGCAAACGUGGCUGCUUUUCCUUCCUGUGCGGCUUCGUCUUCCCUGCUGUAAUUGCCCCUUUCUCCCCUUUUGCUUCAUCUCCUACAUCCUUGGUACUAACUGAACCCCAAAGACUUGGCUGGGAGUCAGGGUCCCUCAGGGUGCUCACCUCCCAGGUUCUCUUCUCAGUGCCGUCUCUGCCGCCUCCUGACCUUCAGUCUGGGACGGCUGCCCCUCACCUGUGCCCCUCACCUGUGCCCAGCCUCCUGGCUCUCCCUUCUCUGCCGUAUUGGAACCCUGGCUUUGGUUUCGUUUUCUUAUCCUAUUUUUUCCCUCUUCUUCAUUUACUUCCUUCUGGUGAAACAUCACCCCCUAGCUUCCUGAGAAAUGGGGCAUGUAAGUCGAGUUUUUGAAUUUGUAAACAUCAGGAUGUAUGUGUCCAACCUUCCCCCACCAUGGUGCUAAUUAACUCAGUGGACCCUGUCAUUCUAGAAAUUCAUAAGCUUUCGGUUCUGGGAAACAUUACUGAAUUAUUUCUUGAUGGUUUUUCUCUCCUUCAGUUUCUCUGUUCUCUCAAGUCUAUUCUUUGCCGCCUUCGUAUAGCUCCUGAAUUCGUUUACUGACUGCCUGUGAGAAGCCAGGAUGUGUCUAGGUUACAAUAGCAAUAAAGUAAACAAAGUCCCUGCAUGGAGUUGAUAUUCUAGUGGAGGGUAAUGGGCAGUGAGUGAGAGUAGAAAAUACAACAGCAGUUAGCACCCUGCAGAGACCUAAGAUAGGAGGAGGAUGUGUAGUAAGCCAGAUGGUCAGCGCCUCUCUCAGAAGGUGGCAUUAAAGCUGAAAUCCAAAUUCCGAGAAGGAAUUCUAGGAUGGCAGCAGCCAGAGUCACAAGGCAGGGACAAGCUGGGCACAGGAAGAUGGGGUGUCUGGAGUGUGAUAUUGGAGAGCAGGGAGAGGUCAGCAGAGGCAACUCAUGUCAGACCAUGUGAGCCUGAAGUCAGCACUGGGGAGGGGCUGUGCUGACCCCUGGGGUGAGUGUGACGUCAGCACGUGGGAGGGCCGUGCUGACCCUAGGGUGAGCUGACCCCUGGGUGAGAGUGAAGUCAGCAUGGGGGAGGGCCGUGCUGGCCCCUGGGGUGCCCCAGCACCUGCCAGAGGGCCAGGCAGAGGAAGGACGCAGCAGCUAGCCAGGUGAGAAGGAGCCCAGCGAAGCAGCAGGUGGAACUGGAGAGGUUAGAUGCUUCGGAUUAAUAAAUAAACCUUUCAGGCAUUUAUACUUUUAGAAAACAUGAUUAUUCAGUUAUUAUUACCUGAGCAGUUAUUGUCUGGCAAGAAAAUCAUGUAAUAAAGCAGGCACUGUACAGACUAAAAGUUACCAGAUUCUACAGACUGCAGUCGUUAACAGCUGGAGCUGAGGAACCCUGGAAGAAAGCCUUGUUACGACUAACAUUGGCAAGAUCAGCUCUAUGACAGCAGAGCACAGAGCGCGUGGUCGUGGUUAGAGGCUUCCCUGCAGCCCCACACCCUGAAUGGUGAUGUUGCCGUGGACACCCAUGGCCAGACCCCCCUCAGAACAAGCAGGAGAGGUCCCCAGGCCCUAGCACGAGGAUUCCACAGGUUAGGAGCAGGGGAACAGGGCAGAAAGAGAAGGUCACAACUUAGACAUGGAAAAAAGUUUGAAACAAAUAGGGGGGUGGGGGUGGGGCGGGGGCAGGCAUGCAAUGUUUUGCUCUGACAAUGACACUCAUGUCUGGCUUUGGUACCUAGGUCCUGGUCACUCUUUUCCUAAUGUUCCAUGAAUGUUCAAAAAGACUGUUUCCUGUUAAGUCUAUGGUUCCACAUGUGAUCGUUAGAUGAACUUUAUUUUGUUAUUCCAAUACACUGUAUCUUUAUUCUGAAAAUCUUAUUUUGUGCCUCAAAUAUUCUAUAUAUCUUUACAAUUUUUUUUGCCUUUGAGUAUCAGUGACUGAAAGAAAUAUGUUUUAAAAUCUGCUAUUAAGUUCUUUUUGUAACUGACCAUGAAUUAUUAGAUGUGUUAGGGCUUAGAAUUGUUUCCAGAUAAAUUGUUCCUUUUACCAGAA